GUUUGAAAAUUUGCAAAAGCACCCAGGCUCCAGCUCUUCUUGGGCGGAAAAAACAAAUAUAAGUUCGAUAAGGUACCGAAAAGAAGAAAGAAGAUAAAGGCUCUGUCUCAGUUUCAAUCCCACCCCACCGGAAGAGGUAACAGAUCAAGCCAAAGAGAUAAACAUUAAUGGGGUCCCUUCUAAUUCGUGAAUGGACUGGGUUUCAACAGUUUCCUUCUGCAACUCAGAACAAACUUAUCGAAUUACUGGCCAAAUUAAAGCAGGAGAAUGUGAACACGUUGACAAUACUUGUUAUGGGCAAAGGCGGUGUUGGAAAAUCUUCAACUGUUAAUUCACUCAUUGGGGAACGAGCUGUCACUGUUAAUUCUUUCCAGUCAGAAGCUCUGAGACCAGUAAUUGUUUCACGCACCAAGGGAGGAUUCACAUUAAACAUAAUUGACACCCCGGGGCUUGUAGAAGCUGGUUAUGUUAGUUACCAAGCUCUUGAGUUGAUAAAAGGGUUUCUAUUGAAUAAGACCAUAGAUGUUCUGCUCUAUGUGGACCGUUUGGAUGCAUAUAGAGUGGAUGACUUGGAUAAGCAAAUUAUUAAGGCUAUAACUGGAACUUUUGGCAAGCAAAUAUGGCGCAGAAGUUUGCUUGUCCUCACUCAUGCCCAACUUUCCCCACCUGAUGAAUUGAAUUAUGAUUUUUAUUGCUCUAAACGUUCUGAGGCUCUACUAAAGACUAUUCGACUUGGAGCUGGGAUUAGGAAGCAAGAGUUUGAGCAUUUUGCUAUACCUGCUGUAUUGGUUGAGAAUAGUGGUAGAUGCAAUAAAAAUGAGAGUGAUGAGAAGAUUCUUCCAAAUGGUGAAGCUUGGGUUGCAAACUUGAUAAAAAUAAUCACAGACGUUGCCACAAAUAAGAGCAAACCUGUUAUUGUUGACAAGAAGUUGAUUGAUGGGUCCAGCUCAGAUGAUAAGGGGAAAUUGUUGAUUCCUGUCAUUCUUGGACUUCAGUGGUUUAUCUUGAAAUGGAUUGAACGAGCAAUUAAAGAUGACAUUGCGAGGGAGAAAAGGGGUUUCUGAAAACUGCAUGACAGUUGUCAGGGCAAGAUCAAGUUGCAAUCAUGGCCUUUCAAUGGUUCUUUAUUCAGAGCUGCUUCUGAAUAUUUUGUGUAUUUUAACCUUUGGUUUUCUGUGAUGCUCAAAUUAAGCUAAGAUUCUGCAAGAGUUAUUGAUAGCUGUUCACUUUAAAAGCAGGAGCUUAUUUCAUGGGAUAUCAGAUAAUAGAGUUAUGUUUGGAUUUGUCAUA